AUGACUGGGGUCACCAGUCGCCUGGGAGAGAAAGACAUACACAGGACUUUCCAUUCCUAAAAUCCUGGAACACAUUCAACACCAAGAUGAAGCAGCCCAAGUGACGCAUGCGCAGAAGGUCCCAGUCGAGCUAGCGAACGUGAGACUGAUGUUAUGGCCUUUAAAUGAUCGGAAUAACCACUCUAAUGUCCGGCGAACGUCUCCUUAAGAAUAACGCUCAUUGCACGUAUACUCCAACUAUAUCCCUGCCGUCUUACUAUGCCGAGCAACAAGCUUGACAAGCCGGAGGUGAGUGACAACGUCAAGGUGGUCGUGCGAUGUCGCCCCCUCAACCAGAAGGAGAGGUCCAUGGGCCACAAGCUGGCCGUGACGGUGGACGAGAAUCGCGGCACCAUAACGGUCAACAAACUGGAAACCCAGCAUGAGCCCCCCAAAACAUUCACCUUCGACACGGUGUUUGGGCCGGACAGCAAACAGCUGGACGUCUACAACCUCACCGCCAGACCGAUCGUCGACUCAGUGCUAGCAGGAUACAAUGGCACCAUCUUUGCCUAUGGACAAACUGGCACUGGGAAGACCUUCACCAUGGAAGGUGUUCGAGCAGUGCCAGAGCUCCGAGGGAUCAUCCCCAACUCUUUCGCCCAUAUUUUUGGUCACAUCGCUAAGGCGGAGGGAGACACGAGGUUUUUGGUUCAUGUCUCAUACCUGGAGAUUUACAAUGAAGAAGUGCGAGACUUGUUGGCUAAGGACCAGACGCAGAGACUAGAGGUCAAAGAAAGACCGGACGUUGGCGUGUAUAUCAAAGACCUCUCAGGCUAUGUUGCUAACAAUGCUGACGACAUGGACAGGAUUAUGACUCUUGGCAACAAAAACCGGUCUGUUGGGGCCACUAAUAUGAAUGAGCACAGCUCCCGAUCUCACGCCAUCUUCACCAUCACCAUCGAGUGCAGCGAGAAGGGUGUGGAUGGAAACCAGCAUGUGCGCAUGGGAAAACUUCAUCUGGUGGAUCUUGCGGGUUCAGAGAGACAAGGUAAAACUGGCGCCACAGGCCAGCGCCUGAAGGAAGCAACAAAGAUCAAUCUCUCGCUCUCCACUCUGGGUAACGUCAUUUCCGCCCUGGUGGAUGGCAAGAGCACUCAUGUGCCCUACAGGAACUCUAAACUCACCCGCCUGCUCCAGGAUUCACUAGGAGGGAACUCCAAGACUUUGAUGUGUGCCAACAUAGGCCCUGCAGACUACAACUAUGACGAGACCAUCAGUACGCUGCGCUACGCCAACAGGGCUAAAAACAUCAAGAACAAGGCAAGAAUCAACGAGGACCCCAAAGAAGCAUUGCUGCGAAAAUUUCAGGAGGAGAUUGAGGAGCUGAAGAAGAAACUGGAGGAGGGUGAGGAGAUCUCUGGCUCGGAGGGCAGCGGGUCCGAUGAGCUUGAUGAGGGUGACGAUGAAGGAGGGGAAGCCGGACAAGGGCGCAGGAGACGAAGAGGAAAGAAGAAGCUUUCCCCUGAAAAGAUGGUGGAAAUGCAGGCCAAGAUUGACGAGGAGCGAAAGGCUUUGGAGGCAAAGCUGGACAUGGAGGAGGAGGAGAGGAACAAGGCGAAGGCAGAGUUGGAGAAAAGGGAGAAAGAUCUUCUCAAAGCUCAGCAAGAGCAUCAUCUUCUGCGUGAGAAAUUGUCAGCCUUGGAGAAGAAGGUGAUCGUUGGGGGCGUAGACCUCCUGGCGAAGGCUGAGGAGCAGGAGAAGCUUUUGGAAGAGUCCAACAGUGAGUUGGAAGAACGCCGCCGUAGGGCCGAGCGACUUCGCAAGGAGCUGGAGGAGAAAGAGCAAGAGCGGCUGGACAUUGAGGAGAAAUACACAAGCCUUCAGGAGGAGGCCCAAGGAAAGACUAAGAAACUAAAGAAAGUGUGGACCAUGCUCAUGGCUGCCAAAUCAGAAUUGGCAGAUCUGCAACAAGAACAUCACAGAGAGAUCGAGGGCCUCCUGGAGAACAUCCGCCAACUCAGCCGUGAGCUGCGACUCCAAAUGCUGAUCAUAGACAACUUUAUUCCUCAGGAUUACCAGGAAAUGAUUGAGAAUUUUGUGCACUGGAAUGAAGGCAUUGGAGAAUGGCAGCUGAAAUGUGUCGCUUUCACCGGCAACAAUAUGAGAAAACAGACCCCUGCGCCUGGCAAAAAAGAAAAAGAUCCGUUUGAGGUGGACCUGUCCUAUGUGUAUCUGGCCUACACAGAAGAGAGCAUGCAACAGUCACUGAUGAAACUAGAGAGGCCUAAAACCUCUAAGAGUAGCAAGAGCGGCCGGCCCAAGACUGGUCGGAGGAAAAGAUCAGCAAAAGCAGACGCUGCCGUCGAAUCUCCACUGCAGUAAAGGCAUCACAGAGUCAAGAGAAAAAGUCUCCAUUGCGGAUUUCAACUGAUGACCAUUCCUUUAAAAAGGUGAUAUCUGAGUACACUGUACAGCUGACACGGUUAUAAAUGUGAAGCAGUUGUUGUUAGGAGCAUUAUAGUUAGUAAUAAGAUCCCCCCGCUUCACAUAUAGCUUUGAAAGCCAUGUCAGCAGCAGCACUCUUGUUUAUUAAGCUCUGUUACGUCAGCACCGCAAACAGGAAGUCAACCUGAAUGAUCCACGUCAUGGCAAUAGUUGUCCUUUUUACACUAAUACUCAUUGGAUGUUCAUUCAAUAAAUGCUUCAUUCAUUACACAAAACGUAUUAGCAGGAAGUCAAAAAGCCUUGUCAAAUUGAUAUAAAUAUUAUAAUUCAAUUGUUAAUAUAGUGGAACCUCCAAAGUCUAAACCUUGACCAGUUUCAUAUGCACAUUCACCGAACCCUUCUUUAGUGAAGAAUAAAAUGUUGUUGUUUUUCAAAUUCAAGACAAAGUUAUAUGUUUUUGGUAACACUUUAGUAUGGGGAACAUAUUCUAAGUAAUAAAGACUUAAUUUAGAGUUAUUUAGACACUAGGGGAACAUAUUCUAAGUAACAGAGAGUUAUUUGGACACUAGGAGAACAUAUUCUAAGUAACAAAGACUUAAUUUAGAGUUAUUUGGACACUAGGGGAACAUAUUUUAAGUAACAAAGACUUAAUUUAGAGUUAUUUGGACACUAGGGGAACAUAUUCUAAGUAACAAAGACUUAAUUUAGAGUUAUUUGGUCACUAGGGGAACAUAUUCUAAGUAACAGAGAGUUAUUUGGACACUAGGAGAACAUAUUCUAAGUAACAAAGACUUAAUUUAGAGUUAUUUGGUCACUAGGGGAACAUAUUCUAAGUAACAGAGAGUUAUUUGGACACUAGGGGAACAUAUUCUAAGUAAGACUUAAUUUAGAGUAUUUGGACACUAGGGGAACAUAUUCUAAGUGACAAAGACUUAAUUUAGAGUUAUUUGGACACUAGGGGAACAUAUUCUAAGUAACAGACUUAAUUUAAAGUUAUUUGGACACUAGGGGAACAUAUUCUAAGUAACAGAGAGUUAUUUGGACACUAGGAGAACAUAUUCUAAGUAACAAAGACUUAAUUUAGAGUUAUUUGGACACUAGGGGAACAUAUUCUAAGUAAGACUUAAUUUAGAGUAUUUGGACACUAGGGGAACGUAUUCUAAGUAACAAAGACUUAAUUUAGAGUUAUUUGGACACCAGGGGAACAUAAUUUAAGUAACAAAGACUUCAUUUAGAGUUAUUUGGACACUAGGGGAACAUAUUCUAAGUAACAAAGACUUCAUUUAGAGUUAUUUGGACACUAGGGGAACAUAAUCUAAGUAACAAAGACUUAAUUUAGAGUUAUUUGGACACCAGGGGAACAUAAUUUAAGUAAUAAAGACUUAAUUUAGAGUUAUUUGGACACUAGGGGAACAUAUUCUAAGUAACAAAGACUUCAUUUAGAGUUAUUUGGACACUAGGGGAACAUAAUCUAAGUAACAAAGACUUAAUUUAGAGUUAUUUGGACACCAGGGGAACAUAAUUUAAGUAAUAAAGACUUAAUUUAGAGUUAUUUGGACACUAGGGGAACAUAUUCUAAGUAACAAAGACUUAAUUUAGAGUUAUUUGGACACUAGGGGAACAUAUUCUAAGUAACAAAGACUUAAUUUGGAGUUAUUUGGACACUAGGGGAACAUAUUCUAAGUAACAAAGACUUAAUUUAGAGUUAUUUGGACACUAGGGGAACAUAUUCUAAGUAACAAAGACUUAAUUUAGAGUUAUUU